UUUUUUUAGCAUAUAUGUUGGCUCUACUGGAGUCGUGAGAAUGAUAAUCGACUUCCGACCAGACGAACAUGGCUACCUGUGCCAAUGAAUAAUGAUGUACUAGCGCGCUGUAGCUUUGUAAACAAGUAAAGAAUAUUGCUUGACAUUGUAUAGUUUCAAAGUGAUUUUCUCACGAGGUUGUUACGACAGCGAAAUUGUUUUACAACAUUUCGUUCGACUUGUCGAACGGCUUACAGAUAAACGGCAUACCGUAGGUUCUUUUGUCAAACUGUUGCAACCAACCUCUAACGCGUCAAUGGAUAUCAGCGACACGGAGGAAAUCGCGCGGCACCCGAGGUCCAUCGUGCACUUGGACAUCGAUUGCUUCUACGCUCAGGUAGAAAUGUUACGGCAUCCCGAAUUGGAUGGAAAACCUCUGGGGGUACAACAGAAGAAUAUUGUCGUCACCAGCAAUUACUUGGCGCGGAAAUUUGGCGUUGGGAAGUGCAUGUCAGUGCAGGAAGCGUUGCGUCUUUGCCCCGGACUCUCUCUUAUUCGAGGUGAAGACCUGUCCGAGUAUCGCCGAAUAUCGACAAAGAUAUCGGAAAUAUUGCAUCAGUUUACCCCUUUGGUCGAGAGGUUAGGUAUGGACGAGAGCUUUGUGGACGUAUCUGCAAUGGUAGAACGAUAUGAGAAUGAUAAACGAGACACCGAUUGCCGAAUGAAGGACGGCAAUUCCUGUGAUGACGACUACGACGAUUGUGAAGAUAAGCCGGAACAAGUUGUUGGGAACAUUUUUGGCAUGUCCGAAGAAGAAUGUCCUUGUGGCUGUCACGCUCGCCUUGCUGCUGCCUCCAGAAUUGCGGCUGAUAUGAGAGCUCGUAUAUAUAAAGAAUUGCAUUUAACUUGUAGUGCGGGUAUUGGUACCAACAAGCUGGUGGCCAAGCUGGCUGGCUCGCUGCAUAAACCCAAUCAGCAAACUGUGGUAUAUCCGUGCUCUGGGCCGGCUCUCCUUACUAAGAUUGGACCUGUCUCAAAAAUACCAGGAGUAGGUUUCAAAACUGACCAGCUACUGGCAAUGAACAAUAUCAGAACAGUAGAGGAUGUGCGUCGAUUGUCACUGGAGGAUUUAGAAUUGAAGAUUGGCAGUGACUUAGCCAGAAAGCUGAAGGAUAGCGCCGAAGGUAUCGACGACAGUGCUGUGAAACCAUCUGGAAAACCUCAGUCGAUAGGAAUAGAGGAUGGUUUCAAACAUGUGUCAUUGGUAGUAGAGGUUGAAUCGCGCCUUGGAGCCCUACUUAGACGACUUACAGACUUGGCAACUGAAGAUGGGAGAAUACCGGUGGCAAUGAAAGUAACUGUGAGAAAACACGAUUUGAAUAAACCGAGUACAGGUAAGAGGGAGACAAGGCAGUGUGCUCUGCCUCAAACUCUUCUACCAUCCACAAAGGGGGGCAUAUAUGACCAUGGAAAAAUGCUAAUCCUAGCCAUGAAGCUGUUUCAUCGAGCAGUCGAUGUCUCCAAACCAUUUCAUUUGACACUACUGGGAGUGGCAUUUACAAAGUUUGAGGAACGCGUCUCUGGAAGAAGCAGUAUCACCUCAUUCUUACGAAAACAAGUUGCGGUGCAGUCAGUACUUGACAUUAGUUCCGAGGAAGGAAUUUCGGAACUAGAUUUUCCAUCUGCCGGAAGCACUGACACUUCUACAAUUCCUGAUGUCGCCAUUAGUACAGUUGCAAUUGCGACCACAGCUACUGCUACGACAACUGUUGUGAGCGAUGUUCUUCUCGCAGUAGACAGCAGAGAUUCGGGAGACGAAAUGACCAAGUGCUGUUCAACUCCAAGUCCAGAUCGUAUGAUUACGCCGCCGUUGAAUUUACACAGUCCAUCCAUGUCGUCUAGCAGUGCUGAAGCUACCUCGGGAGGUAACUCUCACAAUUACCUUCCUAAUCACCGCCCUCAUCGUCAUCAUCAUCAUCGUCACCUUCCUCGUCAUCACCAUCAUCAUCAUCAUCGUCGUCAAUCCCCGGAAGAAGAGGACUCUUCAGGAGAGGUAGAGCCAUCUCCUAAAAAAACCAAACUUGAGGUUUGGUUAAGAGGCCGCAGAGAGUCACCGAGCAAUGAAAUGGCAAGUCUGAGACUCAGCCCAUCUUCGCCUAUGUCGUCAAUAUCACCACCACCAGGAACAGAUCCAGCUGUCUUCAAAUCGCUCCCCAUUGACUUGCAAACAGAAAUCAGCCAGUCGUGGUCAACUUCUAGCAAACCAAAACCGAACGAUAUACUCAAAUAUUUUAUAGCAAACAAGUGACAGAGUAACACGAGCUGGCAUACAACGAAAAAUGUUCGAUCGACUCGAAUCUGAGGAUGACCUAAUUAAAAUUGAAAUGAAAAUAAAUAAAAAAUAAUUUCUGACCAACAUGUCAAUUUGAGCUUAACAGAUUUAAUUUGCUCUGUGACUGAAUAAACACACAGUCACUGGUUGAAAGUUACUUGUGAUAUAAUUCUGUAGAAUUGGUAAAUCGCUAUAGAUUGUUCAGCUGAUUCUUUUCCUAAAGACAUGUCUAAGAUUGACUGUCACUGUCUCAUUUUAUGAUUUAUUACUCAAUGUCAAUAGUUUCUAGAGCAAUUUUCCUUUUUCUUCCAAGGUAAUAAUUGAAAGCCAAUAUCGCACGAUCGUUGGGCAAACAAUGUACAUUGUAUAUACCUGCACUAUUUUGAACAAAACUAGUUUUUAAAUGAAAGUGAGUUUUUAUUUUUAUAAGAUUACAUACUGUUAUCACAAUACAAUAUUAUUAUAUGCAUUAAAAAUUAUUAUACUGUAAGUUGUAAUUGAUAUGUAUGUACAUAAACAACUGCAGAUAUUUGAAGGCUGUCCACUGUAUUAGCAAACGUGGGUCGUUAAUAAAUUUAUUGUUGAAUACAGAAACAUUCUCCUGUUGUAAUGAAAACAGUACCCAAGUCUUCGAGUGUCACUGGUUUUGUAAAUGAGUUCACUGAAUAAUAGGGCUGGUCUAGUGUGAGAACUCAUCGAUCGACUCAUUCGAUUAUAGCAACAAGUCACUUCAGAGACGAUUGAAUCGUUGCAUCAUUGUAAGCUCUCCAGAGAUGAAGAACCUAACUGCGUAUGUACUU